AACAUCGUAGUAAAUGAGGGAUCUGAGCAGUUCAUCUCAUCUGAGAAGGUCAUCCCCCACCCCGACUUUGACUCCUGGAUCCUUGACAGUGACAUCAUGCUGAUCAAGCUUAGCAAGCCCGCUACCCUCAAUCAGUACGUGCAGACUGUGGCCCUGCCCAAUGGCUGUGCCGCCGAUGGCACUAUGUGCAGUGUUACUGGCUGGGGAAACACCAUGAGUUCCACUGCUGAUCCCAACAAGCUUCAGUGUCUGGAGAUCCCCAUCCUGUCCGACAGUGACUGUAACAACUCCUACCCUGGUAUGAUCACCGAUACCAUGUUCUGUGCUGGAUACCUGGAGGGAGGAAAGGACUCUUGCCAGGGUGACUCUGGUGGCCCUGUGGUGUGCAAUGGUGAGCUGCAGGGUAUUGUGUCCUGGGGUUAUGGCUGUGCUGAGAAGGAUCAUCCUGGUGUCUAUGGCAAGGUCUGCAUGUUCAGCCAAUGGAUCGCCGACACCAUGAGUAACAACUAA